AUGCGUCUUUCGAAACUCCUAGUUUGGACGGUGCUAGGGUCGGCCCUACCCUCGAGUGGUUACGCCCAACCUGGAUCAGAUAUACAGAAGCGACAGGAAAGCACGGAUACAAACUUUCCAUCUCUGACGACCGAUUCGCCAAAUGCUCCAACAGAUGCUUCCUCAACGGCAAGCGACACGAUCACAUCUACGCCGACCUCGACACAGAGUGCCCAACAGUCUGGCUCAGCAUCCACAACUUCGGUCAACAGCUCGUCUCUGUCCACGUCCUUGUCAACCACCAAGCAUCUCUCCAGUACUACAAGCUCGGCCGUCCACCCCGCCACCGCUACCCCUUCCAACAACUCCACGGUCUCCCCCACCGAGAAAGAGUCGGAUGCGCUACCGAUCCAUCCUCGACUUACCCCAGCGUUCGGAAUCGGCGGAGUGAUACUCAUUAUCCUGGGGUCGACCUAUGCUUUGAUCGGGGUCAAGACUAGAUGGGUACAGAUCUUUUUGUCAUGCGCUUUCUUAGCGAGCAUUGCGACAACGGCGUUGGUCGACUAUGUGAUGAACCCCCCAAUGACAGAUGCCGUCCAAGGAGGCUUUUUCGUGGCGAUUUUCAUGACUGGCGCCGUCUUCGGAGCUGGUGCUCUGGUGUUUAAAGAGGUAACCGAAGGGUUUGCCUGUCUUCUGGGCGGGUUUUGUUUCAGCAUGUGGCUGUUGACACUGCGAGCUGGUGGGCUAAUAACCAGCUCAGGAGGCAAGGGGGCGUUUAUUGGAAUCUUCUGUGUGGUUUUCUGGGCCUUGUCAUGGACCAGCUACACUCGCCCUUACGCACUGAUUGGAUCAAUAUCAUUCAGCGGGGCAACCGCAUUCACCUUGGGCAUCGAUUGCUUCACCCGGGCCGGCUUGAAGGAAUUCUGGUUUUAUAUCUGGGAUCUCAACGAUGACCUUUUCCCUUUGAACACCAGCACCUUCCCACUUACAAAGGGGAUACGUGUCGAAAUCGCCGUGAUUGUGAUCUGCACCAUUAUCGGAGUCCUUUCGCAACUCAAACUCUGGAAAAUGGUCAGAUCGAAGCAGAGGGAGCAAGGCGAACUUGACCAAGAGGGUUUCCGACAGAUGGAAGCAAUGGAGGCUGCCCUGGGCCGUCAUCUCCAACGACAGAACGAGCGCGACAAGUCUGAGUGGGAGAAGCAGUACGGUGAUCGACUCGCCAGCAAGCGCAACACGGUCCUGUGGCAGGAUGCUCAUCCGGAAAAAAGACAUUCGACUGUGUCAGUCGCGGCCCUCGAUCAGGCGCACGAUUCGAGUUCUUCUGAAAGCGUGGAACUGAAUGCUUUUGGCCCCAAGAGAGCCUCAUCAACCUACGGGUCGAAGAAGAAGCGGCAGAGCACGAUGACGGUCGACGUCAUUGAAGAGGUGGAAGAGGAUACGGACGCCAUCGCCGACAAGGAGCGUAAGAAAGCCCUUCAAGCUCUUGAGAGUUCACAGACUCGCCGUAGGACAGAACGGAAAGACAGUGGUGGCUCUUCUGCAACUCACAGUACUUCCAGCACGUCGAAUAAUGUGAGUACAGACGAAGAUGUUUACAACGAUCCACCACGCCAGCUCGGCGGCUCUCCCAAGCUUAAAAGAGGGUCUCAGGCCUCUCUUUCUCGCCGUUCGAAACAUUUGAGCGCGAACUAUAGUGGCGGCGGCUCCGAAUCACAAGAACACUUGAUCGACGGUGAAAGACCCCAGAGCAGGGCUUCCUCAGCUGCUGCGACUAUGGACGUGGAAAACGAAGAGUUGGAUGUGAAGGCAUUGGACCUCGACCUCGAUCCACAACCGUCGUUGUCGUUGCCGCCAGAAAUCGUUGUGUCCUCCAUUACCAACUCAUCAAACACGGCUCUGAUGACGUCGGAGCCCAAAGAGAAUGUCCACAGUGAUAUAGAAACCCCCCCACGAUCAACUGUCGGUAAGAGCCCGGAACCCGAACAAAUCGUUGAACGCGAUGGACACUCUCCUGAAGAAACUUCCAAGUCGGACGGAGGUCUGAAGCCCGAGGGGAGCGAAGCAAAGACGGAGACAGGGGAGGUACCCAAGUCCCACUCUCAGACAUCUGAUGCCACCGACUCCAGCGCAGAUUCUCUGACCAAGAAUGCUCUCGCCCAAGUUCCCAGCCAGCUGUCGAGUGUGGUGUUGUCUUAUCGCACAAACGAAUGGGCAAAGCAUAUUGCCAUGGCCGAUGAACCGAUCUAUGACGAGCCGGAGGCAAUUGGUGGCAUUGACGAUGAACUGCCAACCCAAUUGGCGACAGCCACAGAGCAACCCGAACAGGUUCCUGUGGUGCCUCCUGUAGAAGUGCCGCCUGCGGCCACGUUGCCGCCCACAGUGAAAGCAGGCGGGACUGGCGUGGGGAUCGUUUCCAAGCCACCCUCGAGCCAGCGGUCGGUCGCGGAUCAGGAGCGUCGUCGCAGCACGGGCAAACUACCGCGAUCAAUGUCAGCACAAUCCUUGAGACACUCGGCCAGCCGGGGAGGUCGGAAUUCUCUCAAUCCCGCAAUGCAGACGUCACUGUUCUCGACGCCGAUCGAUGAAGAUGCUCCAAUGGAAUUUACCAGCCCUAAAAGGGUAAGUCGACGCAUGUCAUCCCCGUACCAGAUGCCGCCGCGAAGCAACAGUGGGCUGCGACCGCAAACAGCCUAUGUGACGCCCACGCCGCGUUCCGUUAGCAUGAACGACCUGGCUCAAACGGCGCUGCCUUUGAGUCAAAACGGCAGCCAGGCAGGGGGAUCGAUCGGGACUCGACUUGAGUCAUACAACUCGCAUCAGCCGAAUCAGCGAGACCACAGGAGUGACGUGCAGAAGCGAGAGUCUCUGCUUGCCGAAUGGCGACUGUCACAGCAACACCGGGCUGCUAGCAAGGGCAUCAAUGGAGUAAUGGCGGAAGCCGGACACGCUCAAAUGAAGGCGGACAGGGAAAACCAGAAAUUAAUGGAAGAAUACCAACGAGGUAUGCAGCAAAGGAAACAGCUGGCGAUGGACCAAGUCAUGCGACGACCGGAUAUGCAAGAGCUGCACCGUGAAGCGAUGCGCAAGAUGCAAGCGGGAGCUAAUAAGAACCUGGGAGCUGGAAGAGGCUGA